AUGCGUGACUCUCUGGGGUGCCGCGGUGGGGUCCACUUCAGCGACGUUCUUGUCUGCAACCUCUCGACGAUGGCUUGGAGCGUCCUCCGGACGUCGGGUUCCGGGCCGGGCCCUCGUGACAGCCACAGCGCGUGCGUAGUGGGCCACCGCAUGUUUGUCUUUGGGGGCACCGACGGGUCCCGGAAGGUGGGGGACCUCCGAUGGCUGGACCUGAGGACGGGAGAGUGGGCCCGGCCCGAGUGCCGUGGGAGCCCACCGCCGGCUCGCGAGAGCCACACGGCGACCGUGGUUGGGGAACGCUGGCUGGUCGUGUUCGGGGGCAGUGGGGAAGGGGAGGCCAACUAUUUGAACGACUUGCACAUUUUGGAUCUCACGAGCAUGGAGUGGUCCCACAGCUCGGUGGCCGUCGGAGGCAAGCUGUAUGUGUUUGGUGGGGACUCGGGAGAUAGGUACCGAGGAGAUGUUUGGGUGCUCGAUGUCGACAAGUUAAUUUGGUCGAGGGUGGAUGCUGGUGGUCCUUGGCCGAGUGCGCGCGCGGGUCAUGCUUCCGUGAGUAUAGGCACUAAGGCGAGUAGUGUGUAUAUACUGGGUGGAGUUGGCGACAAACAGUACUUCAACGAUAUCUGGGUUCUCGACAUCAUCACGUCUUCUUGGGCUCGACUUGACGUGGAUUGUCAAAAAUCACAAGGUCGAUUUUCGCAUACAGCCACCGUCACAAAUAUGGGGAUUGCUGUGUUUGGAGGGUGCGGCGAGGACGAACGUCCUCUGAACGAGCUGCUCGUUUUGCAGAUCGACUCGGCAUCAUUCAGAGCUUUUGGAAAGAGAUAUAAUGAUGAAACAGAGAAUCUCUCGAAUAAAGCAGAAAAUAAAUUGGUGAAAUUUUUAGCGGACAAUGAAGAUGCACGGUCACCAGAAGUCGAAGAAAUUGAGUUCGUUCCCAGGCAGUCCCCUCGUUUUAGUUCCGGUAAACAAUCACAUGUUGCACCCGAAGAGGAGACGAAUGAGAAACUCGAGUUUUGCGGAAAGGGAAUCCGAAUCCGAACGACAUACUCAUUCACUUUCACAGCAAUCGUCUCCAUCCAAUUCCGACCACGUUCAGAGUCCGAUGUUCAGGCAAAAGCAUCCCACACCAAGCUGUCAUGA